AAAAUCUGUGUCAAGCCUCCACUGAGGGGACUUCAGGGGAAGAAGAAGACGUUUCCUAACUGCUCACGAUUAGCCAGCGCAAGCAAGAGAUUUAAUGGAGCGACAUAGCAACUUGCUUUCACAAGGCGAUGCAGAACCAUCAGUCCUUAUUGGUUGGAUGCUGGUGAAGCUCCAGUACGCUGUAUUCAUUGCGAUGUCACGGGCCCGGCAGAGACUCGUACAGCUCUCAAUUGUGUUCUCAUUUGUCUUCCUCAUCCUGUGGAUCGCUGCAUUUCUGUACGGGACUUUCUACUACUCUUACAUGCCCCAGGCGACUUUUUCUGCACCUGUGAACUACUACUACAGGACAGACUGUGAAUCUCCAGCUUCGUUUUUGUGCUCUUACCCUAUGGCCAACAUCUCUCUGAUCAGAAAUAAAAAACAUGUGCUGACAUUCGGCCAGCCCUAUCGGAUGUCUUUGCAGCUGGAGAUGCCGGAUUCCCCAACCAAUCGGGAGCUGGGGAUGUUUAUGAUUAAAACAACCUGUUUCUCUCAGGAUGGAGAGCAAGUGGCCUCCUCCGCUCGCUCUGGAAAACAUCAGCUGUCUGCCUCCAGCUCUCGCUUUAGCAUACUGCGAUACCGCUCAGACCUGCUGAGGACGCUGGGAACGCUGCUGUUCCUCCCGGCCUUUUUGACCGGAGCAGCCGAGCAGAAACAAGUGCUGGAGGUGGAGCUCUUCUCAGACUUCACAGACAACCCAUAUGCUCCCUCAGUCACGGCUGUCAUCGAGAUCAUGUCCAGCAGGGUGCAGAUAUAUUCAUCUGACCUCUACAUUCAUGCUCAUUUCACUGGCAUUAGAUACUUGCUGUACAACUUCCCCGUCAUAUCAGCCAUUGUGGGCGUCUCCAGCAACUUCACCUUCCUCGGUUUCAUCUUCAUCUUCAGCUACAUGAGGCUGCUGUUUCAAGCGAAACCACAGCGGUUCAGAAUGAGUUGGACAGAGGAGAACAACCAGCAAGGGGAGGAAAGAGCUGUCCCUGCAGGCACUGCAGAAAUGCUGGGUCCCUUCCAUCAAAACCCCACAGACGAGAGACAGGAGGAACCACAUUCUCACGUUGGAAAUGGCACAGAGCAGCAAGACAGAGAUACAAUUGGUCAGGGAGAAAUAAACGAAACAGAAGCAGCCUGAGGCAACUGAUAAAGGAGGAGGAAAAUGUGCAGAGAACAAGGAUGAUAAUGUGAUGUAAAGAUGAAUAUUUAAGGCCAAUAUCUGGUUGAAAAUGAUGAAGAAAAUCAAUUUUACAUAAAAGCCGCAAAGAAACCCUGUCAUUAUGAGAAAAACAUUUCUUGGGAAUAUGUUAGACUGAAAAAAAUAUGUAUGGUUUUAUUUGUUUGAGUAUUUAUAGGCACCACAAAUAAGUCACUUGCAAAUGUCUUUAUAGUCAAAACAAAAAGACAUUUGCUCUGAUAUAAAAUAACACAUAAUUACAAUGAUCAUAAAUGUUGUAGUUGCUGGUUAACACUAAUCAUACAGACAAAGUCUGGAGACAAAGUAAGAGGGGUCGGGAUGGUUUGGAGAUGUGCAGAGGAGGAAUAGUGGAUAUACUGGACAAAGAUGGAGAUGCCAAGCAGGAAGAAAAGAGAAAGAUCUAGGAGGAGGUUUAUGGAUGUAGUGAAUGGGUGCGUGCAGAGGGAUAGUUUGAGGUGGAGGCAGAUGAUGCCCUGAGGCAACCUCCAAAGGUAGAGACUGAACGUGGCUGAAAGAAGAAAAAGAAGUUACCUACACAGCCAUCACCCCUGUGUUUCAGUGGCAUAUUAAUCCAAGAUUUCUAUGUUAAUUUACACUUAGAUAAAAUCUUUUCCAAAUACAUCAGUGCAGCUGAAAGCUGCUUUUGGUUUUGGGAGGGGUUUUAAAUACAAGUAAUUCAUUUAGCUGGUUGACUGCAUGAAGCAUUACCAUUAAAAAAAAGACCUUUUUUUCAAACGGAGCAUUCUUGUUCUAAGAAAUGAGGACUAUUUAAUGUGAAAAUCAAAAUCAGUGAUGCUUUUAUACACUGGUGUUUGCUACUCCUUUCACAUAACAGCCUGAACUGGUUCUAAUCAGAAUCGAAACAAUGUGGGGAAACUCCAGCGGACAACUGAGUAUGAGGACAAGUACGUUUAAAACAGAGCUCAAAUUUUACAAACAAAAACUUCACAGAUCAACUCAACGGAUAACUUCUUUAAAUCCACACAUAAAACAGCAGAAACAUCAGCAGCAUGAAGCUGGGGGCCAGAAAUGGCCCAAGACAGACUCAAACCCCAGCUCCUGCAGUAGCCUUUCAGAAUAUUGGUUGUUUGCUCAACACAGUGAGCCAAACGGUUACCCCACUGCAAGUCUUUUAAGCAAUAGUUGCAAAAAAACAACAACAAAAUGCCACACCGUGCCUCCUUAGCUUGGGACAAUUACAUCCAUCAACACGCACUUAUUGGAAAGUUUAUUGGUUACACUUUGCUAGUUCCAGAUUGGAUCUCUUUUCAGAGCUGCCUUAAUCCAACAAGAUAUCGUACACAUCCUUCUGAGAUUUUGUUCUUUACUGACAUGCUAGCAUCACACAGUUGCUGCACAUCAGUGGUGUAAAUCUCCCGUUCCAGCACAUCCCCAAUAUACUUAAUUGGAUUGAGGUUUAGUCACUGUGGAGGCCAUUUGAGUACAGUGAAUUCAUUGUUAUGUCCAAGAAACUAUUUUAAGAUUAUGUGAUCUUUGUGAUACGGCGUGCUAUCCUGCUGGAAGCAAUGAUCAGAAGAUGGGUAUACUAUGGUCACAAAUGGGUCAAUAUGGUCAGCAACAAUACUCUAUAGGGUGUGGCAUUUUAAGUAAUGCUCAAUUGUUACUAAGUUUCCCAACACGUGCCAAGAAAAUAUCCCCCACACCCCACCCUGAACUGUUGUUACAAGGCAUAAUAGAUUUAUGCUUUCAUGUUGUUUAUGCCAAAUUCUGAUAAUAACUUCCAAAUGCUGAAGCAGAAAUCACCAGUGUGUGAACUUCAGCAGGUUGUGUUGACCAUGCCUUACCGUGCAUAAUGAGUUGUUGCUAUGUGAUUGGCUGAUUAGAUAAUUGUGAAAAUGAGCAGUUGAGGCUUUCCUAACAAAGUAGUCAAUGGGUUUAUUUCAAUGUAAUAUAACAAUAUACAUGAAAUUUAUUCUACAUAAUAACUGUCUAGAAUUUCUCUUUUCAUUAAGCUGUGAAACGUUGGA